AACUUGUUCAAUUCAAUGGCACCUUCAAGAGGUUCAAUAUGGAACUAUUCUUUGUUAGAUACCUUGCACUCAUUUUGGAAACCAAACACUGAAGAAACGUUCAUUGAAGGAUUACCGGAAGGAUUGGUGGGUUGUCCAUCGAACAGUUUAGGGGAUAUCGCUGUAGAUAAUAGUCACACAAUUGAGGCUACCAGUAGCAUUAGUAUUGGGAACAGUUUGGGAAGCCUAUCAUCAAAACUUGAAAAAGGGUUGAAAGAAGAAAGAGAAGAAACUCGUCAACAUUUCAAGGAAAAAGAUACCGCUAAUAUUGUUCAAGACUCCACAACCCAUUGUAUUGGUGUUAUGACGGAGUUUAUUUUCGAUUCUGAUGGAUGUUGUUCACAAAUAUUUCUUUGUGGUGAUUGGAACAAUUGGGAACCCAUUCCUAUGCUAAUGGCUAAUGAUGCUAUUCGAUGGUCCAUUGUUACUCCAGUGCCUAUAGGUUAUCAUGAAUUUGGUUUUGUUUCCGAUGAAGGCGUUUGGAAAUGGAGUAGGAAGCAUCCAUGGAAUGAAACCAAAGGUUGCAACUGGAGAAGAAUACGAGGUCCCAAUAAAAGUCAGAAAUGGAAAGAGAAUCUGUCUCCUAGUUGGUGGACUUUGUUGGGUUGUAUUCCUUUAUUCAUAUUACUGUGGAUAUUGAUUGUAUUGGAAAGAUUCAAAGCGAUCUUUAUAGAUGAUACAGUAGUGUUGUCUAAAUGUGACUAUUUGGUAAAUGAAUGUUUACGAGAAGAACAACAAACAACAGAUAGAAGAAAUAACGAUUCUUGGUUGAUUGGUUCUCAAGACUGUAUAUUUCAAUGUGCUUUGAAGGUUUGCAAAAUGUUUCCUCGAACAGACAUUUUGAUGAUUCGUGAAUUGCAUUGGAAGAGAUUGUUUCUUGUGGCUAUUACAAUCUAUACUUUGGGGAGAUUCUUACCAGAAAUUUUGUGGAUUCUAUUACGAUAGAAUAUCCAUUCUCAGCACAAAAUAUCAUCUUUGAAUAAAUGUAAAAUAUUUUCU